AUGGAAGCCGUCGACUUUGUGGGGAUCUACAGCUCCGGGCUUGACACUUCCGCGCCGCUCUAUGUCCUCACUCAUGGGUACCUGGAAUCCGCGCGACUCAAAUGGAUGCAGAAGAUGGUGACGUCACUCUUGAGAUCCUCCCCGAAAGCGGGCGUGGUCACCGUCGACUGGGCGAGGGCAGCCCCGCCCCCCUACGCCCAAGCGGUCGCCAACAUCAGGCUGGUGGGCGCUGCUACGGCUACCUGCUCCACGUCCUGGCGGUGUUGGGUAAUCACACGUAACUUAUCGACAAGAGUUAAUUUUUGUUUACCUCCUUGGUUAAGAGUUAAUCUUAGGGAGUUCUGUGACGUCAACCUGAGGUCAGUGCACCUGAUUGGGCAUAGCCUGGGUGCCCACCUCAUGGGCUACGCAGGCCAAUAUGUCAAGACAAUCCGGGACGAGCAGGUGGGCCGCAUCACAGGCCUGGACCCCGCCGGCCCGUACUUCACCAACACGCCGCCAGAGGUCCACCUCGACCCGACCGACGCCGCCUUCGUGGACAUCAUUCACACCGACAUGCCGAGCGAGGGCUGGGAGAUAAGCAAGCUGGGCCAUCCUGAGGCGCUCGGCCACGUGGACUUCUAUCCCAACGGCGGGUCGCUCCAGGCAGGUUGCCAGGGGUCCGUCCACAGCCACAUAGAAAACGACAGGAGCGUGGCGGAGGGGGUACUCUCUUAUAUAGGCUGCAACCACCAGAGAUCUCAUGAAUACUUUACCGAGUCUGUUAAUUCUAGGUGUGGCUUCCUAGGCGUCGUCUGCGAGUCCUGGGAGGCGUACCUCAACGGCUCCUGCUGGGGUUGCGUGGAGGACCAGAAGGAGAAGAGAGGGCGAUGUCUAUCCAUGGGCUUCUCCGCCACGCCCUUGACUCUCGUCCCUCAGCCUGGGACGUCUCAUGCUGCCAUUCCCCAGCCAGCCGGUAAUGAAAACAGUGACAGCAGCAGUGACGCGAGGGCCUCCAAUAGCACUGAGGGAGAGCGCAGAGCCAAUGACUCCGCAAGUGAAACAAGAGCGCCUCACGUGACGGAAGUGCCAGCGACAGUGCCAGGGUUUCCGGUGAAGGUUUUCCUUGGCACCGCCGGUCAGAAACCUUUUUGUGCUGAGCAAUAUCGCAUAACAGUGAUGACGUCAGAAGCCAGCGCCGGCAGCUCCGACGGUGACCUCGCCCGCUUCACCGUGGGUCUGCAUGGCCGGGGGGGCGUGCACCCCCUCCCUGCGCCGGAGAGCCCCUCCUUCGUGGACGCCGGCGCCAACCUCUCCUGGGUCAGCUUCUCGCCUCCCGUCGGCCGCGUUCUGAGUCUGCGCGUGUUCUACGAGGAAGACAACGGGGUCCUGCACUCGCUCAUCUGGAGGUUCAGCAAGCCGCACCUCUUCGUGGAGGCGUUCGUGGUCGAGGAGCUGUCGACAGGAGCGGUAGCUCGCUUCCCCUUCUGCGGCGAGAAGAUGGAGGCGGGCCACUCACACACCCUCUACCCAGACCGCCAGUGCCCGCCCACUCCGCUCGCUCUGGAAGAAGAGGCUAACCUAUAACGGAAAUCGACGUCACAAUCUCUCUGUUCUGUCUCUAUAUAUAUUUUCCCCUUCUCUCUCACUGUAUCUGUCUCUCUCUUUCUUUUCCUCUCUCUUUGUAUGUCUGUCUCUACGCUCAUGAACACGCACGCACACACAUGCACGCACACACGCAGAUAGAUUCAUGUGGCGAAAGAUAGAUUUAUGGAAGCCCACACUUCACAUUAAAUAUUGUUUUUUUUUUAACCAAUGUUUUGCUCUAUUAAUCGCCAAGUCAUUAUCACCACCGCCUUUCCUCAUCCCUCAUCGUCCCCGUUCUCGGAGCUUAACCGACCUACGCACGGUUCCGCUGAGAGCAAAAUCCCAUCCUUUGCUUUUCCUGGCGUUCGUUGGCUACGAAUUGCCUCAGGUACUUCUAUACAAGGUCUAUAUAUAAGUACUUAUAUAGACCUUGCUUCUAUAGGCCUUGCCCUGUUGGAGAGGAGGUCCCGGCUCGCCUUGGCCAGCGGAGGGAAGGCCUCUGGUCACACGAAUCCGACAUCAACCUCGGGUCCUCUGCUCUUCGUACAUUUUUUUUUAUUGUUAUUGUUGCAGUCGGUCUGUUUAUCAUCAUCAUUAGUUUUUUUUGUUGUUGUUUUCGGUAGAAUUACUCUUGUUUUUCUCUCAUAAAAGUAAAUAUGUAUAUUUUUCCUCUAUAUCUAUGAGUCUUACUUUUUCACAUUAAAAGCUAGCACAUUUA